CCUUAUUGGAGUUCUAACAUGAUACAACAUAAUCUUGAUGUCAAGCAUAUUGAGAAGAAUGUCUUUUAUAAUGUAUUUUACAUUGUUCUUAAUGUUGUUGGCGAAACCAAAGACAAUCCGAAAGCACAUCUAGAUAUUGAAAAAUACUGCGAUCGACCGCAGUUAGCAAGGAAUCCUGAUGGAAGCUAUCCCAAAGCUGCAUAUACAAUAGAAAAGAAUGAAAAAUUGUCUUGUUCGAUUGGUUGGAAGGUGUGAAGUUUCCAGAUGGGCAUUUUUCGAACAUGAGUCGAUGCCUGGACACGGACAAAUUUAAGUUAUUUGGCAUGAAAAGUCAUGAUUGUCAUGUGUUCAUGCAGCGACUAUUGCCAAUUUCCUUUCGUGAGCUACUUCCUAGUAAUGUGUGGCACACACUUAUAGAGCUGAGUUUAUUUUUUAAAGAUUUUGGUUCGACUGUUCUUCAAGUGGUGGACUUGGAUAGAAUAGAGUUACACAUCCCACAGAUCUUGGAAAAGUGUCUCAGAAGAGAUAAAAGAUUUUUAUCUGGGAGAAUUCGAGAAGGCAUUCUGUUGGGAUUCUUCGAUUGAUAGUGAACUGUGGAAGCAAUGGUGUAGAAAGUCAGCGAGAAGGUACAGUGAUUUCAUUAGCACAAUAAAAGGUGAAGGAUUUCGAUCAGAUUAUGUUCCGAAAGAAACAUGAGAAAGUUGGAUGAAAUUUUGGGAAGAUCCUAAGGUUGUUGAAAAAUCGAAAAUAGCUUCAAAGAAUUGUCGUGGCGGUGAGAGUGCAGUUGCUACUGGGACUCACACGGGCAAUUCUGUUACCAUUGGAGAGCAUCGCAAGAGACUUUGGAAAAAAUAUCAAGAAAUACUACAAAACGAGACACAGACUCAAUCUGAAGUUGAUCACUGUCAAGCCUAUUACGAAGCUGUAGGAGGGGUAAAGAAAAUAAGAAUAUAUGGUCUUGGAUCUCAAGCACAAUUAUAUUAUGGGCCGAAUCUUCUUCCGCCAUCUGGAUUUAAUGCUACAUCCUCAGUACCACCUCCGAAUGCUCAACCAGCAGCGACGAAAAAUUUGAAAGAGUUAGUGAUGCGAUUAAUCCUUGCAUUGACUGAUAGCAUGAUUCCUACAUCCAUUGAUCGCAUGCUUCCUAUAAUUGUUGAGAGGGUACGUGGAUUGAUUCCUUCAGUCUCUUCUCAGACAAACACUCUUAACGACCAUCCAUCAUCUAUGGCACCUAUAGUUCCAGCUCUAGCUACUGCCAACAUUGAUCAGGUUCAUUCAUCGAUUUCUGAUGAUGACCGUUGCUCUCCAGUCUCUCAUUAGUUAGUUUUUUUGUUUGGAUUUUAUUGUUGUUGCAUAUGAUUUUGGAUUUUUUGUUUUGGAUAUUAUCGUUGUGGAUGCUUUGAACUUGAUUUGCUCUACUAUGUAUUUUGGACCUUGUAAAAUAUUAGUUUCUAUGAAUUAAGUUAUUAUAUGAGUAUCUAAUACAUGCA